UCUUCUUUCCUCUGCGCUGCCCUUAUCUCCUUGGUCGAGUGUCUCUCUGUCUCAUUGACGGCGGCUGGCAAGGGGCUCUGCCAAGCCAUGGCUGUCCGAGCCCCUGCUCCGCGGGGCGACGCCAGCGCCGAGAGAUACCUGUUUGUGGAUCGGAACCAUGUGGGCAACCCAGCCUCCCAGGCCGACUGGACGGCCAAGCGGCUGGUGUGGGUCCCAUCUGAGCGUCAUGGCUUUGAGGCGGCCGGUCUGCGCGAAGAGCGGGGGGACGAGGUGCUGGUGGAGCUUGCCGAGAAUGGGCGUCAGGUGCUGGUCGCCAAGGACGACAUCCAGAAGAUGAACCCCCCCAAGUUCACCAAGGUGGAGGACAUGGCGGAGCUGACCUGCCUCAACGAGGCCUCUGUGCUGCACAACCUCAAGGACCGCUAUUACUCAGGCCUCAUCUAUACCUAUUCAGGGCUUUUCUGCGUGGUCAUCAACCCUUACAAGAACUUGCCCAUCUACACGGAGCAGAUCGUGGAAAUGUACCGGGGCAAGAAGCGCCACGAGAUGCCACCCCACAUCUAUGCCAUCUCUGAGGCUGCCUAUCGGAGCAUGCUGCAGGACCGAGAGGAUCAGUCGAUCUUGUGCACGGGUGAGUCGGGUGCUGGGAAGACUGAGAACACGAAGAAAGUGAUCCAGUAUUUGGCCCAUGUGGCUUCAUCGCACAAAGCCCGGAAGGACCACAAUGUGCCGCCGGAGUACCCGAACGAAGCCAAACAACAGGGUGAGCUGGAACGUCAGCUGCUACAAGCCAACCCUAUCCUGGAGGCCUUCGGCAACGCAAAAACAGUAAAAAACGACAACUCCUCACGAUUUGGUAAAUUUAUUCGGAUUAAUUUCGAUGUAGCUGGCUACAUUGUUGGAGCAAACAUAGAAACAUACCUGCUGGAGAAAUCGCGAGCCAUUCGCCAGGCCAAGGACGAGCGGACUUUCCACAUCUUCUACCAGCUCCUGGUGGGCGCCGGGGAGCACGUGAAAGGGGAGCUGCUGUUGGAGCCCUUCAAUCAGUAUCGCUUUGUCUCCAAUGGGUACCUGCCCAUCCCAGGACAGCAGGACAAGGAAAUCUUCCACGAGACCAUGGAGUCAAUGCGAAUCAUGGGUUUCUCGCAUGAGGAGAUACAUUGUAUGCUGCGGAUGGUCUCAGCCGUGCUGCAGUUUGGGAACAUUGUCUUCCGUAAGGAGAGGAACACAGACCAGGCCUCCAUGCCUGACAACACAGCCGCCCAGAAGCUUUGCCACCUCCUGGGCAUGAACGUCACCGAGUUCACCCGCGCCAUCCUUACCCCGCGGAUCAAAGUCGGCCGGGACUAUGUGCAGAAGGCGCAGACGAAAGAGCAGGCUGACUUUGCGGUGGAAGCCUUGGCAAAAGCGACCUACGAACGCCUCUUCCGUUGGCUGGUGCAUCGGAUCAACCGGGCCCUGGACCGCACCAAGCGCCAGGGUGCCUCCUUCAUCGGUAUUCUGGACAUCGCAGGCUUUGAAAUAUUCCAGUUGAAUUCCUUUGAACAGCUCUGCAUCAACUACACCAACGAAAAGCUCCAGCAGCUCUUCAACCACACCAUGUUUGUGCUGGAGCAGGAAGAAUAUCAGCGAGAGGGUAUUGAAUGGAACUUCAUUGACUUUGGCCUGGACCUCCAGCCCUGCAUAGACCUCAUUGAGAGGCCGGCAAACCCUCCAGGGGUGCUGGCUCUGCUAGAUGAAGAGUGCUGGUUCCCCAAAGCCACUGACAAGAGCUUCGUGGAAAAGGUUGCCCAGGAGCAGGGAACCCACCCCAAGUUCCAGAAGCCCCGGCAGCUGCGGGACAAAGCUGACUUCUGCAUCAUCCAUUACGCUGGCAAGGUUGACUACAAAGCAGAUGAGUGGCUCAUGAAGAACAUGGACCCCUUGAACGACAACGUGGCUACGCUUCUCCACCAGAGCGCAGACAAGUUCACGGCAGAGCUGUGGAAAGAUGUGGACCGAAUCGUGGGCCUGGACCAAGUGAGCGGGAUGGGAGACCUUGCCUUCGGCUCCUCAUACAAGACGAAGAAGGGGAUGUUCCGGACGGUGGGGCAGCUGUAUAAGGAGUCUCUCUCCAAGCUCAUGUCAACCCUGCGCAACACCAACCCCAACUUUGUGCGCUGCAUCAUCCCCAACCAUGAGAAAAGAGCUGGAAAACUGGAGCCACACCUCGUGUUGGACCAGCUACGCUGCAACGGAGUCCUGGAGGGAAUUCGCAUUUGUCGCCAGGGCUUUCCCAACCGCAUCAUCUUCCAGGAAUUCCGGCAGAGGUAUGAGAUCCUGACUCCAAAUGCCAUUCCUAAAGGCUUCAUGGAUGGGAAACAGGCCUGCGAACGCAUGAUCAAGGCCUUGGAGCUAGACCCCAACCUCUUCCGCAUCGGCCAGAGUAAGAUCUUUUUCCGCGCUGGCGUCCUGGCUCACCUGGAGGAGGAGCGGGACCUGAAGAUCACAGAUAUCAUAGUCUCCUUCCAGGCAGCUGCUCGCGGAUACUUGGCCCGCAAAGCCUUCAUGAAAAAGCAGCAGCAGAUGAGCGCUCUCAAGGUCAUGCAGCGUAACUGCGCCGCCUACCUCAAGUUGCGCCACUGGCAGUGGUGGCGCCUUUUCACCAAGGUGAAGCCCCUGUUACAGGUGACCCGUCAGGAUGAGGUGAUGCAGGCAAAGGCAGUGGAGCUGCAAAAGGUGCAGGAGAAACACGUGAAAACCCAAAUGGACCUGAAGGAACUGGAGAACAAAUACCAGCAGCUCUCGGAGGAGAAGGCCAUCCUGGCCGAACAGCUGCAGGCGGAGACGGAGCUGUUUGCCGAAGCCGAGGAGAUGCGGGCGCGGCUGGCAGCCCGGAAGCAGGAGCUGGAGGACAUCCUGCAUGAGCUGGAGUCGCGGGUAGAAGAGGAGGAGGAGCGUUGCCAGCAGAUGCAGGGGGACAAGAAGAAGAUGCAGCAGCACAUCCAGGACAUCGAAGAGCAGCUGGAGGAGGAGGAGGCAGCCCGGCAGAAGCUGCAGCUGGAGAAAGUGAGCACAGAAGCCAAGAUGAAGAAGAUGGAGGAAGACCUGCUGGUGCUUGAAGACCAGAACUCAAAAUUGCACAAAGAGAGGAAGCUGAUGGAGGAGCGUCUCUCUGAAUUCACCUCCCAUAUGGCAGAGGAGGAGGAGAAGGUGAAGAGCCUCUCCAAACUGCGCAACAAAUACGAAGCUGUCAUCGCCGACAUGGAAGAUCGGCUAAAGAAGGAGGAAAAGGGGCGCCAGGAGCUGGAGAAGCUGAAGCGCAAGCUGGACGGGGAGGCAGGGGACCUGCAGGAGCAGGUGGUGGAGCUGCAGCAGCAGCUGGAGGAGCUCCGACAAGCGCUGGCAAGGAAGGAAGCCGAGCUACAGGCAGCGCUGGCCAGGGUGGAGGAGGAGUCUGCGCAGAAGAACGCCGUGCUGAAGUCCCUCCGCGAGCUGCAGGCGCAGCUGGCCGAGCUGCAGGAGGACAUGGAGUCCGAGAAGGUGGCCCGCGCCAAAGCCGAGAAGCAGCGGCGGGACCUGGGCGAAGAGCUGGAGGCCCUGAAGACGGAGCUUGAGGACACCUUGGACUCGACAGCCGCACAGCAGGAGCUACGGUCGAAGAGGGAGCAAGAAGUAACUGAGCUGAAGAAGACCAUCGAGGACGAGGUCAAGGUGCACGAAGCCCAGGUGCUGGAGAUGCGCCAGCGGCACACGACCGCCCUGGAGGAGCUGUCGGAGCAGCUGGAGCAGUCGCGCCGGUUCAAAGUUACCCUGGAGAAGACCAAGCAGGCCCUGGAAGGGGAGAAUGUGGAGCUGCAGAAGGAGGUGAAGGUCCUGCAAGCAGCCAAGCUGGAGUCGGAGCAGCGGCGCAAGAAGCUGGAAAGCCAAGUCCAGGAGCUGCAGCUGCGGGGCACUGACAGUGAAAGAGUCAAAGCUGAGCUUAUGGAGAGGCUGGGGAAGCUGCAGAACGAACUCGACGGAGUCUCCGGUACCCUUGGAAGUGCAGAGUCCAGGGCAAUAAAGCUUGCCAAAGACCUGGCCAGUGUAGAAUCCCACCUGCAAGAUUCCCAGGAACUGCUCCAGGAAGAGACGCGGCAGAAACUGAACCUGAGUUCUCGAGUCCGGCAGCUGGAAGAGGAAAAAGCGGGUCUGCUGGAGCAGCUAGAGGAGGAGGAGGCUGCCAAGGGCAACUUCACCCGUCAGAUCCAGAGCUUACAGCAGCAGGUGAUGGAGACCAAGAAGAAGCUGGAGGACGAUGCUGGAGUAGCCGAAUCAAUAGAGGAGGCUCGGCGCCGGGCAGCCAAGGACCUGGAGGCUCUCUCCUUGCGCUACGAGGAGCGGGUCCAGGUCUGCGACAAACUGGAGAAAGGACGGACCCGGCUGCAGCAGGAGCUGGACGAUGUCACCGUCGCCCUGGACCAGCAGCGCCAGGUGGUCUCCGCCCUCGAGAAGAAGCAGAAGAAAUUCGACCAGAUGCUGGCCGAGGAAAAGCUGAUCUCUGCCCGCUACGCCGAGGAAAGGGACCGAGCGGAAGCAGACUCCCGGGAGAAGGAGACCAAGGUGCUCUCGCUGAGCCGUGCCUUGGAGGAGGCUCUGGAGACACGGGAGGAGCUGGAGAGGCAGAACAAGCAGCUUCGGGCAGAAAUGGACGACCUGGUCAGCUCCAAGGACGACGUCGGCAAGAACGUGCACGAGCUGGAGCGUUCGAAGCGGGCUCUGGAGCAACAGGUGCAGGAAAUGCGAGCCCACCUGGAGGAGCUAGAAGACGAGCUUCAGGCCACGGAGGACGGGAAGCUCCGCCUGGAGGUCAACAUGCAGGCCCUGAAGGCCCAGCACGAGAGGGAGCUGCAGAACCGCGACGAUGCCAACGACGACAAGAAGAAGCUGCUUGGGAAGCAGGUGCGGGAGUUGGAGGCUGAACUGGACGCGGAGAGGAAGCAACGGGCCCAAGCGCUUGCAGCCCGGAAGAAGCUGGAGCUUGAUCUUCAGGAGGCGCUGGCACAGCUGGAUGCGGCCAACAAGGGAAGGGACGAAGCAGGGAAACAGCUGCGAAAAUUGCAGGAACUGGCAGCAUCGGAGCGAGCCAAGAGGCAGGCGCAACAGGAGCGGGACGACCUGGCGGAUGAGCUGGCCAAUGGGAACAGCGGCAAGUCUGCUCUUCUGGAUGAAAAGCGCCACCUCGAGGCCAGGAUCGGUCAGCUGGAGGAAGAGCUGGAUGAGGAGCAAAGCAACAUGGAGCUCAUGAACGACCGAUACCGCAAGCUCAGCAUGCAGGUGGAAACGCUCACCACGGAGCUGGCAGCGGAGCGCAGCUUCUCGCAGAAGGCCGAGAACGCCCGGCAGCAGCUGGAGCGCCAGAACAAAGACCUGAGGGCCAAGCUGGGAGAGAUGGACUCCUCCGUCAAGUCGAAGUACAAGAUGGCCAUCGCAACCCUGGAGUCCAAGGUGGCCCAGUUGGAGGAGCAGUUGGAGCAGGAGUCCAGGGAGAGGAUUCUAUCAGGGAAACUUGUGCGGAGGGCAGAGAAGAAACUCAAGGAGGUGAUUCUGCAAGUGGAUGAAGAGAGGAGGAACGCAGAUCAGUACAAAGAUCAGGUUGAAAAGAGCCACCUGCGGCUAAAACAACUCAAGCGGCAGCUCGAAGAGGCGGAAGAGGAGGCCUCGCGGGCCAACGCCAGCCGCCGCCGCAUGCAGCGCGAACUCGAAGACGUCACCGAGUCAGCAGAGUCCAUGAACCGCGAGGUGACCAGCCUACGGAAUCGUCUCAGCAAGUUAGAGCGCCGGGAGCGGAAACGCACCCCUCUGAGCUUCACCACCCGAACCGUGCGGCAGGUGUUCCGCCUCGAUGGCGUCUCAGACGAGGAGACCGAAGACCCGGAGAGCGACUCUCCGUCUGCAAACCACCAGCCUCCCAUGCCCCUGACGCCCUCUCAGGGGCAGCAGCCGGCACCCCCUGCGGAGCCAGCCCAGACUGAAUGAGGCAGGGAUUUCAGAACCCAAGGGGGUGGGGGGGUGGGUCUCAAGACCAGGGACGGGGAGUAGGAACCCCAACCUUGCUACACUGUCUGACAUGUAUACACACACAAAAAAGGAACCCCCUCCCUACACUUGCCCCCACCCUCCGGCUUCUCUUUCAAGGGUCUCCCAGCUCUCCUAUCAGGCUGCACUUUAAUAUCAACCACCCCUGAGGGGUGGGAAAUCUGGGAGGAGGGAGUUUCGGGGGUCAGGAUCUUAACUAUAUCCCUUUAAAAAGAAAAUGGGAAAUCCAACUCUCAAAUAGCCAUUGCUUUUCCUGCACCUUCUCUCCCUCCCCCCAUCCAAGUGUCUUCUUUCUCUUCUCUCCUCCCAGCUCUAGUACUGUUAUAUAUAAAGAACUCCUUGCCCACUACUAAGGAGAAAUAUACAUAUCAAAGGUCGGGCAUCAAAGUGGCAAAUGUACACAGACUGGGGUGGGGAAGGGAUGGCCCUCUCAAGCGAUGCAGCUCUGCUUCUUGGGUUUCAUCCAAGCCCUGGUUGGAGACAGCUGCUUUCUUGCAGGGAGACCCUUUGCUCUCAGCGCUGAGGGGCAGCUGUGUCGGGUCUCCUCUCCUUGCCUUCCCAUUUCCCGUCUUCCCAGGGGGGUGAUGGGGGGAGCUGUAGGAGUCCUUUGGAUGCCUUCACAUGAAGGAUACACGUGGAGAUUUUUUUUAUCAUCUCUGGAAGGCGGCUUCUCUCCAGCACACUUUACUCUCUGGACCUCCCACCUGCCCAGACUAUGGGCAAAGGAAGAUGCGUAAUGAACUGGAAACCAUUCAUCUCAGCCUGCCUUCUCUCGUUUUGGACUGGGAUCUGGAUCUCGCCCUCUCUGCAUAUCAUUGUCAGCAGCCAAGAGCACUUUGAUCUCCUCCUCCUCCUCUUGCCACCAUCCCUAAACCUGCUGUGGUGAUGAGUUAUGUGAGGAAGCCAGGAUUUGCAAACCCUGUAGAUUCAAUAGCAAAGACAGGCCACAAGCUGGCCAGAACUCAAAUUCUGUGCAGUCAGGCAAGCUGGCCAGUUUCAUCUUGCCUGAUUGCACGUGUGUGUGUAAUUCUGCUAUGUACCAUGCACAGAAUUUGAGUUCUGAGGACUCUCUGCAUUCCCUCUUUUUUUCCUUCCUCCAAUCCAAUAGAGGGGGAAAGAACAAGCCAAGUUGCUGGUCCUUGUGUGAGUUGUGGAUAGACAUUCAAAAACUUCCAGAAACCUCUGGUGUUCAGAGGCGGCUGCAUUUGUGCCCUCUUAGCUACUGGCUUGCCUUUGCUUUUGCACCUGAUAAUUCUUACUAUUCUUAUACCCCAGAUGCUUGAGACAGGUAGUUGAGUUAACAAUGCAAAAUAUGCCUACAUGCAGAAAUCAUAUUGAUUUACUUAAGGGAUUUGAACUCUGGUGCAGAAGCUGUGGGUUAGCACAAAGAAUGAAGAAAGUGCUAACAGUAACAAGCAGCUGCUUCCAAACUGUCCUCAUUCCUCUUUUGCUGAAACACCAGGAUAUGCUUUUGGUAUUUGGGGGGGAGGGGGGGUCAUCUACCCCCAAAUCCUACUGGGUGCGUCUGUGAACCUGGGUUCACAAGCAGGUUCACUGGUUUGCAAUGAAUUCUGAUCCUCGCUCACCUUCACCUGUUUUAGGAGCAACAACUUGGCUUUUCUCUCUCUCGGAAGUCUUGGCACUGCUUAUCACCACUACGCAGGGCCAGUUCAUACACAGCCAUGCCUGAAAAGUGCACGAGCAUUGGUUGCCACGGUUGCAAAUCGGAGUUUUGACCGCUUCCACGUAUGAACAUACAGAUAGCGUGUGAAGCAGUCCUCAUCUCAAGGUGCAACAGGCAAUUAUAAAGGGGCUCUUUUCUUUUUUUGCUCACUUUAGUUUAAUUCCUUAGCAAUGGUGCACAAAGGAGCUCCUCCCCUUAUUCAGUUGGGCAAGGCUCUGACAAUGAGCUGUCUUUUGCCGGUUUGCCCCAAAUGUGAGAAGGUGCAACCUGAUUCUAUGCAUGUCUACUCAGAAGCAAGGCCCACUGUGUUCAAGGGGUAUUACUCCCAGGUAAGUGCCCGUAGGGUUUCAAGCUUAGUAAUAUAAAGCACUUUUAAGUAUAUGCAAAGGGUUUUACAUUUGGGCGCUAUAACCUUCCAGCAGAUUGACUUCACCCCCAAAGGUGUUCCCCAUUGUCUCCCGAGGCAGACGGAUGCCAACAAUUUACAUCCAUUACUUUGGAAUAGAUCCAUUGUGCACCUUAUAUAGCAGAUGGGCAGAGUGAGACCAAAAAAAUAAUAAUACAGCUUGUUCCUGCACCUAAGAUGUGUGGAGAACCUUUAGCACCCUCCAGAUGUUGAUAUACUACAUUUCCCAUCAUUCCUGGAAGUUUUACUUAAGCAACAUCUGGAGGGGAGGGCAAAGGUUCCCCAUGCCUGCCUUGUUAAGGAGUUCAAAAUGAAGGGUUUGCAAAUCCUCACUUGGACUCAAAAUAUAAACAUCCACUUGUGCCUGGUCCUAAGGCUCCAGGAACUGGCACUGGGGGUGGGGUGGGGGCUGUCUUUCUAAAUAUAUAUAUAUAUGAAUAUAUUUUUUUUGCAUGGUGGUUUCUUGUCUUAAUUUGUUCUAAUUCUGUAUUAUUAUUUGUUUCUAACAAAAGCAUUUUAUUCCAAGCGACUUGAUUUUGUUGUUUUCUCAAACCCAGGGGGUUUGCAUUUUUUAUUUUAUUUUAAAUCUUUUUGCCCCCCCCCCUUCUCCCCACCCUACCAUUGCUGACUUGGAUCUGUUUGGAGUUUCUUAUCCUGAUGUAAAGGGCCAUAGCAAUUAUCCUGCUCCUUUUUUGUUAAAAAAAAGAAAGAGAAAAAAAAGAAUACUUUUUAAGAAAAAGUAUGUCUUCUAUUAAAAGUUCAUCUCGAA